AAUCAAAUCAAUUGGGACAACCAAACAAACAAUUGCUCCAUGGAGAAGAAAAAACAAGUCAGCCAUGGUUGGAAGACAAAAGUAGAUAGAUAGAUAGGUUUAGAUCUAAAGUAGUUGAUCGUUGAAAAAAUUAUAUAUUUCAAUUUUAAACGUUGAAAAAAAGGAGCUCUAAAAACGAAUCAAAAAAAGAGAAUCUCGCAAUCAAAAAAAAAAACCGCCAUGGAUCCUCCGACUCAAAUCUCUCAUUUGGCUCUCGACAUCGGAGGGACUCUGGUCAAGCUUGUGUAUUUCUCUUCAAAUGGAAGCGAAGAAGAGUCUCGUAAUGGUUGCUGCUCUGUUGUCAAAGGAAGACUUUGUUUCGCUAAGUUUGAGACCAGAAAGAUUGAUGAUUGUUUAGAGUUUAUUCGAUUCAAUAUCCUUCAACAUUCCGGUGUUCAGCAUCAGAAUGGUGCAGUCCAUGAUUAUCUAUCUGUUAAGGCCACAGGUGGUGGGGCGUUUAAGUUUGCUGAUCUUUUUAAGGAGAAACUCGGUAUUCUUUUCGAUAAGCAAGAUGAGAUGCAUUCUCUUGUUGGUGGUGUUAAUUUUCUCUUAAAGACAGUUCCAAGAGAAGCUUUUACCUACUUGGAUGGGCAGAAGGAGUUUGUCGAGAUCGACCAUAAUGAUCUGUAUCCAUAUCUACUUGUCAAUAUAGGCUCUGGGGUUAGCAUGAUCAAGGUCGAUGGAGAUGGAAAGUAUGAGCGGAUAAGUGGAACAAGCCUUGGUGGAGGCACAUUUUUAGGUCUUGGAAAGCUUUUAACAAAAUGCAAGAGUUUUGAUGAGCUGCUCGAGUUAAGUCACCAUGGAAAUAACAGAGUAAUUGACAUGCUUGUGGGAGAUAUCUACGGUGGAACAGAUUAUUCAAAGAUUGGUCUCUCCUCAACAGCUAUUGCUUCCAGCUUUGGAAAAGCAAUUUCUGAUGGCAAAGAACUUGAAGAUUACCAGCCAGAAGAUGUUGCAAGAUCCCUUCUAAGAAUGAUAUCAAAUAACAUUGGUCAGAUUGCUUAUUUGAAUGCUCUCAGAUUCGGUCUUAAGCGUAUUUUCUUUGGUGGAUUUUUCAUCCGUGGCCUUGAGUAUACCAUGGACACAAUCUCUGUUGCUGUUCACUUUUGGUCGAGAGGUGAGGCGAAGGCAAUGUUUUUACGACAUGAAGGGUUUCUUGGAGCAUUAGGCGCAUUCACGAGCUACGAAACUCGUAGUAAUAACGAUUCAAAACCGCAACAUCAUACUGUGCAAAGAGCAAUUCUCAACUGUUCAGGUGAUGAUAGCUUUCGGCACAUCCCAGUAACGUCUAAUUUAAAUGAUAGCGAAACCAUAGAAUGCAGCAUCAGUUUAGUUUAGUUACCACCACCCGGUGUAUUGUUAUCAAAUUCAGUGUAGAAAUAUGUUAAUUAAACUGUUUGAAUCAAGAGCUGUACUCAUUAGUUGAAUAUGUAAGACACAUUUAUGCAAACAUGAUUCACUUAUUAAUAUUCAUGUAUCUCCCCAAUGUAACUUGUACUAUAUAGUCGUAUAAAGGAAUCAAAUACACAGUUAGUUAGUUA